AUGAUCUCCUCUCUCAAUCAGCGCUUUCAGUAUGCCGUCCUCUGGAUGGAGGAAACCCUCAGGAAACUCAAUGAGGGUGAAGAAGCUGUCGUUACUAAAGAGGAGGUUAUUUACCAGCUUGCUUCAUUUUCUCAUCAGCUGGCAGUGAUUCAGUUGUCAUCUAAGCAAAAGGCCACUGAGAGAAAUCUGCUUCAUCCUGAACUUCACACAAGCAUCAUAGAGAGCAUCAAGACCUGGGACUGGACCCCAAAAUACAGCUCCACGGACAGAACAUAUGAGGCUCUGUGCACUGGAAAGAGGCUUAUGAUGACGCCACAAAGAGAGAGAAAGCUGGUGUGCAGGUACAGGACAGGAAGAGGAAACCCGCUGAUGAUGUUCAAAGAGGAAGUGGAGUGGGAUGAGCCUACGAUACUACGAUACCAUGACUUUGUUUCUGAAGGAGAGAUCGACACCAUCAAAACACUGGCCAGGCCAAAGCUUUCCAGAGCUAAAGUCAUAGAUCCAGUCUCUGGAAAAAAGGUUUCUGCUGCCUCUCGUGUGUCAAAAAGCGCGUGGCUCUCUGAACAUGAAGAUCCCGUGAUCUCUCUGGUCAACCGGAGAAUCGCUGGUGUCACUGGUCUACAGCUGCAGACGGCAGAGGAGCUCCAGAUUGCUAAUUAUGGAAUUGGAGGCCAGUAUGAGCCGCAUUAUGACUCAAAGUUGACCAAUGACUCAGACUUUCAGCUCAGAGGAGGCCGGAUUGCUACUGUUCUAAUCUAUAUGAGUGAUGUGGACAUCGGUGGGGCAACAGUGUUCCCUGACGCGGGUGCAGCCCUUCAGCCAAAGAGAGGUACAGCGGUGUUGUGGUUUAACCUGCUGAGAAAUGGAAAUGAAGAUGCCAGAAGUUUACAUGCAGCGUGUCCUGUGUUUGUAGGCAGUAAAUGGGUUGCCAACAAGUGGAUUCGUGCUUACGGCCAAGAGUUCAGAAGGAAGUGCUCUACAGUCAAAUCUGAUUAG